CUUCCCUCAACCCCCCCUUCUUGCCCGCCCCCCCUUUUUUUCCUCUAAAUUCACGGCAAACACUGAGCAGCGAUAGAAAUGUACGUCUUGUGCUACAAAAGAUUUCUGUGUCAGAGAAGCCAGGCGCUUUGCCGUCAUGCUGGAAGGGAUUCUGCAGAAGGGCACUGACAGGUCAGAGGAACUAGGAACUACAGGAAAGAAAGGAGAAGCACCACGCCGCAGAAGCAGUGGGAAAACGGGCAGCGGCUAACUUCCAGAACGUGUCCUUGUGCGGGAGAGCUACGCAGUGGUGAUGCCUUUAGGAAUCGCCUGCAUCUAGGGUGGACUUUGUUUCCCCCCAUAUCUCUGCCUGCGAGAACACAGCCAGCAACUCCAGCCCCUUCCACCGCAGUGGGCAAGAAAAUGACGAAAGGCUAAGCUCUGUAUUGCUGACAGGAUAGUACAUUAACCAAUUUUGAUGCCAUGGAACCUUUUUUUUCCCCAGAAGGCUUAGUUCUCCCAGCUCCAUGAAAGUGAAACGCUCGUGAAAGCCCAUCAUCGUUCCUGUGAUUUGCUUAAGCCAUGCCAGAAGUUAAACUCUUGGGAUUCAGCCCCCCAAACUGACCAGCAGCCCACCAGACUGAUGGCGGUGGGGCGGCGGGGACAUGGAACGUGCCUCUUUUCUAAACUGGCAUAGAGCUCUUCGCCGGUUUGCAGCUCACACCCCUGUCCUUAGGCCAGAAAUAUACGCACUUUGAUUUCAGGUUUUUCCAAGUCUGAGCAGAACGCUUCAGAAGAGCUCAAAAAGAAGUACGUGUGUCAGAUAGGAGGAAACGACGGGGCCCCCAGAGGAAGAGAAGUGGACCGCGGUUGUUUCUGUAGAUUUUAUUCUGUAGGACUUUUGCUUUCCUGGCUCUGGAGCUCUCCUCUUUUUCCUCCAUCAUGUUUUCUGCUUUUGGGUCCAGGACCUGUGUAUGAAAUACACUGAGGCCUGCAGUUGACUGCAGGCACAGCUAGCUAGUCCAUUCAAAAGGGUGCUGCCUGUGUGAUCCAGACUGGAAUGAAAUCACCUUCUUUUUAGAAUGGAAAUGGGUUCCUUUCCAGUCUGUUUUUCUCGAUUUCUCCUGUGCCUCAAAGCCAAGUAGACUGCCGCUAGCCAGUCGCAGGACAGAAAGCUCUAGAGGUGCAGUCUCACCCUUGGGCAUUCCAGCAUUUUUCCUUCGGGAGACAAAUAGUGCCUGACCCCUUUCCUGGUAGCUUCUCCUAACUGGUAUAAAUAAUUAAACAAAAUGACAUAAUUCCCACAGGGUUGGAAAAAUGGUUUCACAAUCAGAGAUCCAGCACAACAGAGUACAAAGCAUCUGGCCCCUGAAUGGUGAAGUCGGAAUUUUUCCCUGAUUCCAUACAGCCCGGGCCGAAUCCAUCCUCGCCAAACUGUGUGGUUUUGCCAACAAAACUGGUUUGCAAAAAAAGGAUCAAAGACUUUACAACUCUGGUAAUGUUAAACAUUAUGUCUGAACAUUAAUUCUGGUUACAGCAGCAGGACUGUGAGAGUUAUGUAGCACAGACUGUAGAAAUAUGGGAAGAUACUCUUAAAAACACAUCCACUUGUUUAUGCUGUUAAUCCGAUCCAGUACAGCGAAUACCAAUUAGUAGCAGAGAUUUGUACUGAAACCUCCCUGGGCGCUUUUCAGACAGUAUAAAGUGGGUGUCAGGUGUAUCGUGCCUUAAAUCCUCUUUUCCCUUUGUAUCAAGGACACGUAACUACAUAUAUAAUACAAGUGUAAGCCCCUCCCCAUCCCCUCCUGCCCCGCCCACCACAACACCCACUGCCCCGCCCUCCUUGACCCCACCCCCUAAUCCCUUCUCCCCUGUGGCAAUGGUUCUGGUGCCACAGUGAUGUACUCGGCAGCUACGGAGUGCAAAGUGGAGGUCACGCCCUCAUCGCGCAAUGGCCACCGCUUCUUCAGCUACACGCUGGACAGCCACACGGCGCAGGCCUUCCGCAUCAUGAACGAGCUGCGGCUGGAGCGGCAGCUGUGCGACGUCACGCUGCGGGUGAAGUACAACGACCUGGAGGCCGUGGAGUUCGUGGCGCACAAGGUCGUCCUGGCCUCCUCCUCGCCCGUCUUCCGCGCCAUGUUCACCAACGGCCUCAAGGAGUGCGGCAUGGAGGUCGUGCCCAUCGAGGGGAUCCAUCCCAAGGUGAUGGAGCGCCUGAUCGAGUUCUCCUACACGGCCAGCAUCUCGGUGGGGGAGAAGUGCGUCAUCCACGUGAUGAAUGGCGCAGUGAUGUACCAGAUCGACAGCGUGGUCAAGGCCUGCUGCGACUUCCUGGUGGAGCAGCUGGACCCCAGCAACGCCAUCGGCAUCGCCAGCUUCGCUGAGCAGAUCGGCUGCACCGAGCUGCACCAGAAGGCGAGAGAGUACAUCUACAUGAACUUCAGCCAGGUCAGUGUGAUCAAGCAUGACUGUUCCAUGCUGCACCAGAUUCCUAACAACAGUGCUUUGAGCCAGGCCAGGCAGUUCUGCCAGCUCAGAGCUCACAGGUAUGACCCCGAAAAGGACUCGUGGCAGCUGGUGGCCCCCAUGCAGACGAGGCGGAUCGGGGUGGGCGUGGCCGUGAUCAACAGGCUGCUGUACGCCGUGGGGGGCUUCGACGGCACCAACCGCCUCAGCUCCGCCGAGUGCUACAACCCAGAGAGGGACGAGUGGAAGAGCACCGCUCCCAUGAACACCGUGCGCAGCGGGGCAGGGGUCUGCGCUUUGGGCAACUCCAUCUACGCCAUGGGGGGCUACGACGGCACCAACCAGCUGAACACAGUGGAGCGCUACGACAUCGAGAACGACCGCUGGACCUUCGCUGCGCCCAUGGAACACCGGCGGAGCGCGCUGGGUGUCACCGCGUACCACGGCAAGAUCUACGUGCUGGGGGGUUACGACGGGAACACUUUCCUGGACAGCGUGGAGUGCUACGACCCGGAGACCGACAGCUGGACAGAGGUGACCAAAAUGACGUCCGGCCGGAGCGGGGUGGGUGUGGCCGUGACCAUGGAGCCCUGCCGUAAGGACCUGGAGCCGUGUCAGAAGCACUAGGAGAGGCGCGGGCCAGGCACGAAGACGCUCUUCCCAGCCGUUUUCGUUUGCUAGUCGUAUAUUGGGGUUGUUAAGCAAGCCAGGCUCCUUGUGGGCUGUGGUCAAGCAGGGUUUGCGUUCGGGGCUCUUGUAAAACACAGGACAUGCAGUGGCAUAGUGCAGUCGGGCCACUGGGAAGUCAGGUGGAACAAAGCCCACUGCGUUGGCUCGUCCAUGGAGUUGAAGAGGGGUGAAGGAACCCCUGCCUCGUUCACCAGUGCCCACAUGGGUGCUGCUCUCACUACCCACAGCCUGGCUGAAGGCUAUCACACACAAUGGGUGUUUUUAUGGACUGCAGAUUCUUGAUUUUUGUUUUGUAUCAUUUAACAUAUACUGUAUACAGCAUCAGAGCCUUGAUUUUUUUUUGUCACAGUUUAAUUCAAAGGAGGCCUACCUAUGAAAUUUCUCUUUAUGAAAAAUAGUGUUCAAACAUUCUCUGUCCUGACUGAACUUCAUGAGAUCAGGGUUCAAGGGGAAAAAAAACUGAACGUUUUCCUGCUGACCCUUAUCCUGUGUGGGUGGAGUUGUAAUCCGACAAAACUCAGGCACUUCUUUCUUUUGUCUGUGGACUGAUAUCCUACAUCUGACUCAGGAGUGGAAUUUAUGGAGUUUAUAAGUGUGCACAUUCAGCGCUUUAGGAAAAAAACAAUCUUCCGUGAUGAUAUUCUUCUGUGCCAGCUAUUCAGGAACACAGUGUGUGGAGAGGGAAUAAGAUGAUGCAACUUCAGUGCCAUUUCCUUGCCUGACAAGCUGAUCAAUACACAGGAGGUCCAGCGCAAGGAAUAUGCGUAGGUUUUCCCUUGCUCUGUAAAUGUCCUAAAUAGACAGAGCUACCGGCUGCAGGUCAGCAGACAGGAAGCCUGCAUGCCUGGAUCUGCACUGUGUUGGAGUCCAGUGAUGUCGAUCGCAAAGGCACUCGGGCACAGCUGCAGGCCAGAAUACUAGCCCUAUGUGCAGCAAGAGGCUGGGAGGAUGAGCCAGCUGUGUCUUUUGCGUUGCAAAAAGAUUUUCAUUAAUGUGCCAGAGGGAAUAGGGGGCGCAACUGCAAGAGAUGAUCCACCCAGAGCUUGCUGUUAGGGAAUGCAAAAAUAAAUCAGUCGAAAACCAGAAAGACGUUUUUACUUACAGCCCAUGUCCUUGCGCACCUGUCACACCGCCAAAACAUACCUUUGAUCUUAAAAUUUGUUGCAGGCGGGGGGGGAGGGUCCCAGUCUCUCCCCCACACAGUUGGUUUGUUUUCACACAUGAAGUUAUUUUUUAACAGCACUUUAAGCUUAAAAAAAUAAACUUUGAAAAGGAGUCUGGUGAUUUUUGUACCUUGAUAUUCCCUGAUGUCUUGUACAGAAUUCUGGAAUUUUAUUUUUUGUUUCAAAUGUCCUUCUUCCACUUUGUACAGAAUAUGGAUUCAGACAUUCACAGUGUUUCUGCAAGUCCUGCACGUUGUAAUUUAAGGACUUUCUAUGAUGUUUGUAAAUCACUCCUCUGACUAACUCAAGAAGAGGACUUCAAGGUAUUGAAUCUGUUGCUGACAUUUACAGAUAAUUUAAAAGCUUUGUAAAAUUGUAAAACAAAGACGCAUUGUACAUUAAAAAUGUUUGUCUAUUUUUAAA